AUGGCAACAGACGGACCCCUACACGUUGUCGCGCUGGUCUCCGGGGGGAAGGAUAGCUUCUACUCCAUUCUCCACUGCCUGGCGAAUGGGCACCGCGUCGUAGCUCUAGCUAACCUCCACCCGCCGCCUAGAGUCAUCAAUGCUAAUGAGGCCGACCUGAAUAGUUUCAUGUACCAGACCGUGGGUCAUCAAGUCAUCCCAUUGUAUGCACAGGCCACGAGACUACCUCUAUUUCGCCGACCUAUCCUGGGAACAGCGGUGGACCAUGGCAUAAGCUACCAGGACCCUGAUGGCCACCGCGAAGACGAGGAUGAGACAGAGUCCCUUGUCCCGCUAUUGCGUGCUGUUCUCGAGGCCCACCCGGAUGUCAACGCCCUGUGUACAGGCGCUAUACUAUCGACGUACCAGCGAACCCGCGUCGAAUCCGUUGCUCUGAGGCUCGGCCUGGUGCCGCUGGCCUAUCUAUGGCAAUUCCCUGAACUUCCAUUGCCCUUUGCCGCUACAGAUAGUCAAGCUCUGCUCCGCGAUAUGGCAGCCGCAGGGCUGGAGGCCCGUAUCGUGAAGGUGGCUAGCGCUGGCUUGGGAGAGGAAUUCUUAUGGGAAAAUGUGGCAAGCGAGUCCGCCGUGUCUCGCAUCCGCCGCGCGCUCCGCCGCUUUGGGGGCGACGGGGGACGGGGUGCCGUCUUAGGAGAGGGCGGCGAGUUUGAGACACUUGUCGUAGACGGCCCGUCGGUGCUGUUUAAGGGUCGAGUAGUAGUUGAUGAAGGUGACAAAAGAAUAGUACGCGAAGGUGGUGGAAGCGCUUGGCUAAGCAUUCGUAAGGCUAAGGUCGAGAUGAAGUCGGAUUUGGAUGCAUCAUCUCAGAUAGAUAGUUACGGUGUUCGUAUCCCAGACCUGCUCGAUUUGGAAUUCAAGACUGUUCUCGAGUCGCUGCAUAACGAGGGCAAGCUGGGGUAUGAUCAUAGCGGGGGAGUAUCUCAGACAUUGCUGUCACCUACAUCGAGCUUGUCUCGGUAUAAGCACACCGAGUCUAGUAGCAAUGAUUGGUACUUUGUUGGAAAUUCGGGGGCCAUUGAAGAUCAGACAGCUAGGAUCGUUGACGAGGUUCGUCGACGGCUAGGCGACCAUGUCCUACCGUCAACAGCAAUUGUCAGUUCCGUCAUCGUGUUACGGCGUAUGGCAGACUUUCCGACCGUUAACAAGCUCUACGGUGCCCUGUUCCGUGAACCAAACCCGCCUGCUCGAGUAACUAUCUCAUGUGGGGAUUUGAUGUUACCUCGAGGCACCGACAUAGCUGUUCUUCUCACCGUUCAGCCUCAUUUGCAGCGAAAUGAAAGACGUGGUUUGCACGUCCAGUCGCGGUCGUACUGGGCACCAGCCAACAUUGGCCCAUACAGCCAGGCGGUCACGUAUCCCCUGCUUAGGAGCGACGAGGGUCAGAAUAACGAUGCCCAAAACUCAGAAAUGCCUCUUGCGGUGUCCAUCGCGGGUCAGAUACCCUUGGUACCCGCCUCCAUGACCCUGCCUCCGAUACGGAAAGAUGGUAGCAGUAGCCUCGCAUUGCAAAUAACCCUAGCGCUGCAGCACCUCUGGCGUGUUGGCGGUGAGAUGCAGGUCCAAUGGUGGAGCGGCGCCGUGGCAUACUUCCCGCGCUCGGCCCUCCGCUCGGAAGCGAGACACAGUGCCCUGCUCGCUUCUGCGGCGUGGAACGCAGCGCACGUGGCAUCCUCUAGUCUGUCGACAGACGCGGUAGAGGAGCCGGACCCGUGGGAUCGAAAGUACAAUCCUGCGUAUAUGACAUAUGGUAAUAGUAGCGACGAUACCGCUUCGAGACCGAGUCUUCCUGAUUGGGAGGUCUUGAAGGAUUUCGACGCAGAUGCAGAUGCAGAUGCAGAUGCAGAUGCUGACGCUGAAGAUGGGAAGAUUCCCCACAGACCACUACCGUUCGUCUUCUCCGCUGAGGUCGAAGAGCUGCCGCGUUCGGCUGGUGUGGAGUGGCAUGCGCAUCUGGGAUUCGCGAAUGUGGACGCCGGAUCUAUCCGGUUGUAUGCCUUUGGCGCCGCUGCUUGCCAGGCAAUUGAAGGACCUAUCUCGGCUCUACCCCUCACUAAUGCGGUGGACUUUGAGAACAUAGUGGACCAUUAUGCAGUAGUUGUUAAGAGGUCUCUACUCGAACUACUGGCAGGUUUAGAGCCCGAUGAUUCUGUUGUAGUCGUACCAACACCGAAAUUCACAUAUGUCGACCCCGAAGCAUUUAAGUUUCCUGAGGAUAUGGGAGCUUGGUUAAGUAAGGGCGCGAUAAUACCUUGUAGGUCUCUAUGGGAUUCACAAGGUCGUCGGUUGAAUAUGGUGUCUAUAUUCGAAACUAGGUGGUCUAAAGUACGUUAG